CUCGUGACGGGCACCGGGCGAGCGCGCGAGGCAAUACGGGUGGUGCUUCUUCGAUCUCCGCCGCCGCUCGUGCCAUCCUAUAUGGAGAUUUAAAUUGCUUUUCCCGGGACGAACAAGUCGCGUUGGACAUCAUCGGUGUGUGUCGUGUCAGGUGUGUGCUGCUGGUGUUGAAGCAUGGUGACAGUGGCCAAUGCCAAAUCAGGAGCAGCCAUGCAGCAGGUGUUGGAUAACCUGCGUGAUCUUCCUCCUUCCUCCGGAGCCAAAGACAUCGACCUCAUCUUCCUCCGCGGCAUCAUGGAGAGCCCCAUCGUGCGCUCGCUGGCCAAGGCCCAUGACCGUCUGGAGGACGUGAAGCUGGAAGCAGUAAGGGACAAUAACCUGGAGCUGGUGACCGACAUCCUGUCCGACAUGAGCAGGCUGGUAACCAGGGACGACAGCGCUGCGGAACUCUCCAGAAUCCUCACAGAGCCGCACUUCAAGUCUCUGCUGGAGGCCCAUGACAUGGUGGCGUCUAAGUCCUAUGAGGUUCCGAGCCUGGCGAGUGUGGCGAGCGAUCUGUCCAAUCACGACGCGCCGCCCCUUCCUGCCGCCCCCGCCGACACCAUACGGGUCAUCAGCAUCCACAAGAAGCCCUCAGAGCCACUGGGCGUGACGUUUCGCGUGGAGCGGGGCGACCUGGUGAUCGCGCGCAUCCUGCACGGCGGGAUGAUUGACAGGCAGGGCAUGCUGCACGUGGGUGAUGUCAUCAGGGAGGUCAACGGUCACGAGGUGGGGGAGGGGCCAGAGGAGCUCCAGCGAAUCCUGAGAGAGGCCAGCGGUGACAUCACACUCAAGAUCCUCCCCAGCUACAGAGACAUGCCCUCCCCUGCACAGCUCUACCUGAAGCCUCACUUCAACUACAAUCCCGAGACGGACAACCUGAUCCCCUGUAAGGAGGCGGGGCUUAACUUCUCACGCGGAGACGUCCUGCACGUGGUCAACAGAGAGGACCCCAACUGGUGGCAGGCGUGUAAUGUGGUGGGGGGGGCUACAGGCCUCAUUCCUAGUCAGUUCCUGGAGGAGAAGAGGAAGGCGUUCGUCAGGAGAGACCUGGAUGGAGCAGGAGUCUUAUGUGGUACCAUACCUGGUAAGAAGAAGAAAAAGAAGUUAAUGUACCUCACAGCUAAGAAUGCAGAGUUUGACAGGCAUGAGCUGCAGAUCUAUGAGGAGGUGGCGCGCAUGCCUCCGUUCCAGAGGAAGACGCUGGUUCUGAUUGGAGCUCAGGGGGUCGGACGCCGCAGCCUCAAGAACCGCCUGAUUCUGCUCAGCCCGCUACGCUACGGGACCACCGUACCCUUUACAUCGCGGCCGGCGCGUGGCGAGGAGAGUGACGGCCAAUCGUAUUGCUUCGUGAACCGGCCGGAGAUGGAGCAGGACAUCAAGGGGGGACGCUACUUGGAACACGGCGAAUACGACGGCAACCUGUACGGAACCAAGAUCCAGUCCAUCCACCAGGUGGUCAACACCAGGCGCACCUGCAUCCUCGACGUCAACCCUCAGGCUCUGAAGGUUCUGAAGACGGCGGAGUUCAUGCCGUUCGUGGUGUUCAUCGCCGCUCCUCAACUGGACACACUCCGAGCCAUGCACAAGGCUGUAGUGGACGCAGGCAUCACCAGCAAACAGCUCACGGAGACGGACCUGAAGAAGACGGUGGACGAGAGCGCUCGUAUUCGCCGUGCGUACAGCCACUACUUCGACCUCACCAUCGUCAACGACAACCUGGACGGAGCGUUUGACGCGCUGCAGGCAGCCGUAGAACGUCUCGGCUCGGAACCCCAGUGGGUGCCCGUCAGCUGGGUCUUCUGAGGGUUCCGCGUUCCGUGUUCCGUGUUCCGUGUUCCGCCGGGCCCGAGGCGUGCUUCUGAUGCCGCAGUAGGACAGAGAGGGCUCUGAUUGGCUCAGACAACCAGCGAGGGCUCUGAUUGGCUCAUAUCAUUGAGGGGGUGUGUCUGCUCCGCCUCCUCCACACUAUGCAAACCAAGACUGCUGAGCAUGAGGGAAAAGUGUGUGUGUGUGUGUGUGUGUGUGUGCGUGUGUGCGUGCGUGUCUGUGUACGUGCUGUCUGAUAAUUUAUUAAUGUUUUUGUAACUUUAUACAAACAUAAUUCUAUGCAUAUUCAUGAGACGUAUGUGUGUGUGUGUGUGUGUGUUCAGAAGCUACAGCUUUAAGAAAGUUCUGCAUCUCAGUUUUAAAGGGAAAAUUGUGUGUGUGUGUGUGUGUGUGUGUGUGUGUGUGUGUGUGUGUGUGUGUGUGUGUGUGUGUGUGUGUGUGUGUGAGUGUGUGAGUGAAGACCGUUUCCUCUCAUUAAGGCUUUUCCACCAUAAGGGUUCACAUAGAAACCAAACGCAUAUCAAGGAACGUGUGUGUGUGUGUGUGUGUGUGUGUGUGUGUGUGUGUGUGUGUGUGUGUGUGUGUGUGUGUGUGUGUGUGUGUGUGUGUGUGUGUGUGUGUGUGUGUGUGUGUGUGUGUGUGUGUGUGUGUGUGUGUGUGUGUGUGUGUGUGUGUGUGUGUGUGUGUGUGUGUGUGUGUGUGUGUGUGUGUGUGUGUGUGUGUGUAAAA